AUACAUUGUUGACAUAUUACGCUUUUAUUAGCUGAGGUUCACUGACAUUUCAUAUGUGAAUGGACCGUGUCUGAAGAAGAGCUGAGAAGACAGGACACUGAAGAUUAAAGUGAUGCCUUAACUGAAGAACAAUGGUUAACCAACAGCAGGGGCAGAAUGAAAUCAUCAAAUGUGUCCUGGUUGGAGAUUCCGGCGUGGGUAAAACAUGUCUGGUUUGUGCGUGGGCCUGCAACGCCAAGUACGACCUCAAGAGUCUAGUCAAAUCGCACGCUGCCACUGUGUGGGCCACAGACCACUACAGAUAUGAUAAAGAGGUGCUGGACAGGUCUUGGUGUGAGGUGGAUGGAGUCAGGGUGUCGCUCAGGCUGUGGGACACAUUUGGAUACCAUGAUAAGGACAGAAGAUUUGCAUACAGAGGAGCUGACGUGAUUGCCAUCUGUUUCAGUACAGUGCGACCGAAUUCCCUGCAGAACAUCAAGAAGAUUUGGUACCCCGAGAUCAGACGUUUCUGCCCGACGACCCCAAUUGUGUUAGUCGGAACACAGGUGGACCUGCGAUUCUUACACAAGGAUGACGACUAUAUGAGCAUGCAGAAGGGCUUGUUGUACAAACCCAUUGGUGAGAAGGAUGUGAUCACACCUGAAUUGGGACGUGAUGUGGCUAAAGAUAUUGGAGCUCCAUAUUACGAAACCAGUGUCCUCACCCAUCAUGGAGUGGAAGACGUCUUCAUCAACUCCAUCCGAGCCUUUCUCAUCGAGAGUCGCAAGAUUAAAUUCUGGAAUGCGCAGCUACGCAAAGUGCAGCGCCCACUCAUCCAGCCGCCCAUGAUGAUGCCGAGACCCCCGUUGCCCAAGGUAACCGUUCCCCCGGCAACGCUUCACGAUGACCUCUCGCAGUUGCUGUAUAACCAGGCUGAAGGUGAUGUUGUAUUCGUGAUCCAUGCCUUGUGCAUCAGAGCUCACAAAAUCUGUCUGAUGGUGGCGUCAGAGUUUUUCGAGGAACUUUUCUCUCUGGAGCCGCUGUCGAUCUUGCACAGACAGAAGAAGGUAACACAGCCAGUACGGACACGUGCACCAAGCGAUCCCCGUCACCACGACGAGGAACGGCUUCUGGAGAGCGACCAGGAAUCCGUGACCAUGACCGACAGCGAUGCCAGCGAGAGACCAACAGUGUACGUCAAUGACAUUGAACUGACGGAACCGUACGAGACCUACCCUGUCACUGUUCCGUACUCUCACCCGGCCGUGAAGUCGGUGGAGAUAAAAUACAUCAUGGACCCGUUUGACCCGACCCUACACCAGCUGCAGACAGUGGUCACAAUGUGCGACGGUGUGACACCGAGUGCGUUCCAGCACGUCCUGGACUUCCUGUACACGGGGGUCGUGAAGGAGCACUAUGACACCUGGGACGAGGUGAGGGUGGCCGCCUCGCUCCUCAACAUCACAGACAUGCUGGUGAUGAUGUCCAACAUGACAUCUAAUGAAGAGUUCCUCAACGAAGCUCUCCGGCGGGAGUUCCAUGAGGCGCGGUGCGUGAAACUCAGGCGGUUGGCGUUACAGAGGGAACUUCUCACAGAUAUAACAUUCAAACUGGAUGAUGGUCUGGUGUCUGCUCACAAACCUCUCUUGAUGGCACGGUGUGAAAUGAUGUUUGCAAUGUUCAACAGCGACUUCGUUGAGUCAUCAGCUGAAAUGGUGUCGUUUCCAGGCAUCAACUGUGACACAUUCCGAGCUCUGAGGGAGUAUCUGUAUACAGCAGAACAGAGCGACAUGACUGGCGUAGACUGCAUCCAGCUCAUCGAGGUGGCCAACCGACUGUGUCUUCCACGACUCGUCAGCCUCACCGAACUGUUCAUUGUCAAGGAGCUGCUCAAGGCCGAGAAGGAUGAGGAGGAGGAUGUCCUCGAGGAAAUCCUGCUCAUCUUGGAGCCAGCAGAGCUGCACAAUGCCUCCCAGCUAGCCAAGUGGUGCCGGCGCUACCUGGCUCUGCAUUACAAGGAGAUCCAUCAGAAACACGGCAAGUUGCUGAAGGGUCUACAUAAAGAAAACCUGGAUUUCAUCGAGAACAAUCGGUGGCCUCCCGUCUGGUAUCUGAAGGAUCUCGACCACUACGAGCGUGUGUCGCAGCACUUGUCGCGCUGUGAACAGAGACAGGUCCAGGACUUCAACCGCUGGCUCCGCUGUUCAGCUGGCUGUUUGUGCUUCAGUCGGCGCGGGCGAGCACGAUUCAACCGUGACGAGUCCAUCGAGAUGCCCAUAUGAAGGCUGGGAUAACAUCCACCAAGAUGUCAAACAUAAAAUGAUCUACUGAUUGGUAUUUAGCCUGUUUGCAUAGCCUUGAAAAGCAGCUGGUAUGUUCAAGUAUAAAGAUAUUUGAAGAGCUUUUGGAGAGAUCUGUCAAGUCUGUAUGACGGAAUGAUCUGCUAACUUAUAUUUGUUAGCCUGUUUGCAUAGCCUUUGAAGACAAUGAAGACAUCAGUAUGUGCAAAUAUUACGAUGUGCUUAACCCAUUUUGAAUAUAUUGAGUGAUGUGUGGUAUAGUCACUGUAAUAUGCCAAUUCAGUUUAUCAUGUGUGAAAAGUCCUGGAGAGUGACAAACCAUUCCCGUAGAUUUAGUCAAGAGAGUUGUAUGCUAAUAUAAUGGUUUGUUAGUUGGUAUUUAGCAUGUUUGAAGAGCUUAGGAAAAUGAUUUACCAUUGUUAAUGGGAUGAUCUGAUAUAAGUAACCCAUUUGAAUAGUUUGGAAAACACCCACUAGCAGUAAUGGGGAAUAGUCUUCUAGAUGUUAUUUAACCUGUUUGCAUAGCCUUGAAUAACAUCCGUAUGUGCAAAUGUAAUGAUAUGCUAAACCCAUCUGAAGGACUUGGAAAAGAUCUAUCAAAACUACAUAAUAGAACAGUAUGUUGAUUUUUAUUUAGCCUAUUUGAAUAGCCUUGGAAAACACCAAUAUGUGGAUGCAUGCUUAACCCAUUUGAAGAGCUUUGAAUUCAUCUGAAUGCUAAUAAAAUGAUCUGUUAGUUGAUUUAGCCUGUUAACAGUGACAACCAUCGAUACGUGCAAAUGUAAUCUUAUAUGUAAUCCGUUUGAAUAGCUUUGAGUGACUCCUACCAGUGGUGUUUGAAAAAUCCAGUAGAGGGAUAAACCAUUAAACCACAGCCCUGAUUUAGUCUGGAGUGUGGUAGUUAAGAUAAUGGUUUGCUAACUGAUGUGUAGCCUGUUUAAAUAGCUGAAAAACAUCUACCAAUGUUAAUACAGUCCAUAUGAAUAGUUAGAAAACGUCUAUCAGUGCUAAUGUAAUCUAUUAUAUAACUCAUUUGAAUUGCUAAACCAGCUACCAUUGCUAAUGCGAUGAUCUAUUAUAUAACUCAUUUGAAUAGCUAAAACUAUCUACCAAUGCUAAUGUAAUGAUAUGAUAUAUAUACAUGUAAUCCAUUUGGAUAGCUGAAAAACACCUGCCAGUGUUAAUAUAAUGAUCGGACAUAUAACUCAGUACUAAUAGAACAAUGUGCUUAGCCCUUUUGAAUGUUAGCUUGAGCAAUACUGAGCAAUAAUGAGUUUUAAUACGACGAUUUGCUGACUGAUAGUUAGGAUAGUUGUUUUGUUAAGCAUAAAGUUCAGUUGCUGCACUUGAAAUCUUUGGCACUAAAGCUCUGUAUGCAAGGUUUGGUAGGUCUGGGCAGUACUGAGAAGACUUAAAAUCUCUAGAAGUGCUUUAUUAUGUGACAUGUAUUAUACAUAGUCCUAUUAUAGUCUACAAUAUAUUAGUAUGAUGCAGUCAUUAGUGUAGAUUUUGAGAUUGUAAGUUUUGGAGUCUUGUCUUAUACUGCAGACUGUUUGGUAAUUGUAAAUUACUGUCAUGAUGAAAAUAUCUUGUAGAAUGGAAUGUGUAUGAAAUGUUCAGUAGUUCUGAAAGCCAAGCUGUACGAUGAACAUUUUUCUUACAUAUAAAGUGAAUUUCCAUACUGCACAAAUGUUGGUGCAAUUUUAGUAAUUCUAAAUACUGCUGCCACACUGAAAGGGUAUCCUUAAUAGCCUUAGAACAAAUGUUUACACUUUUCUGUUUGUAUAAAAGUUUAAUAAUGUUUUAGUUUUGCAUGAUUUAGUUGAAAACUAUCGCUGUGGGUUAAAUGGAAGUUUAUUUAAAACUUGUACCAUAAGGUGAUUUAAAUAUGUACCAGCAAUUUUUGAUCAUACUACUGUUGUGUGCCCUGGGUGGAAUCUUUGGUUCAAGUUAGAAUUUGUGCCCAAGACAGACAUGUCUCAACCACAUUUCAUUGUUGACAUGUUAAAGAAAUCCAUUCAUCAAUCUACUGUAGAACCUCAGGGCUGUUCCACUUGGCAGACGUCAGAUUUCUGGCUGUUCUACUUGGCCACGGUGAGGCAGACGUCAGAUUUCUGGCUGUUCUACUUGGCCACGGUGAGUCAGACGUCAGAUCUGUGGCUGUUCUACUUGGCCACAGUGAGGCUGAUGGCAGAUUUGUGGCUGUUCCAUCCAGUUAGAGUGUUGCUGCUGGCAGAUCUGUGUCUCCAAAGCCAUACCAAUCAUUUUGGCAGUUCGGAAUGAAAACUUUUUCAAAAGCACUCUUUUUAGUUUAAAAGUACCAUUUUUGUCUAGCUGUAUCCUGAUUCGUUUUUUUUUUUCACUAUCUUCCCUUCCCCCACCCCCACCCUCCACUAACCAUAUUUAUUUUAGGCUAGGUAUAGCCGUAGUCUGUUCACUGUCAAACAGCAUCAUUACAUGUAGUUUGAUCAACAAUAACACAACAGUCCAUCUUAUUCUUUUGGCAAGCAAACGACCAAUAUCUGAGAUAUAUUAUUGUACAUGUAUUACUUGUGAUUGCAGAAAAGGCAGAAUCUAGUUCAGUUUGAAAAGCACUUUCUUGAAGUGCUUUCCUCGCAGGAUCGAACCCCCUCAAUAGACCUAUUCUUUGAUUGUUUUUUUCCCCUGUCCCAACCAGUGUUCCAUGACUGGUAUAUCACAAUGCUGUGGUAUGUGCUGUCCUGUCUGUGGAAAGUGCAUAUAUAUAAAAGAUCCCUAGCUACUUACGAACAAAAGUAGUGUGUUUAUUCUAAAGACUACGAGUCAAAAUUACCAAAAGUUUGAUAUCCAAUAUAGCCAAUGAUUAAUAAAAUCAGUGUACUCUAGUGUGUCGUUAAAUAAAAUAAAUUAAAUUGUUUUAUUUAAAAACAAAUUGUGAUUGCAGAAUAAAACCUUUGACCUCACACCAAAGUAUUCCUUAAUAUGAACAGGCUGGUUCCUUGUUCAUAUUAGCAUGUUGUUUUACAAGUUAAAAAGUGCAUAAUAUGUACACGUGUAUAUAUAUAUUCCUUGAUACAUUUGAUGAUUGUGAAUAAAACACGGAGUUUAAAGUAUCUUCUGAGUGGUUUAUUAGUACUUUGUGAUAUUUGUAAAUUGUUAACCUUUAUAUCAUGAAGUAUUCAGGACAGUGAUCAGUAUUACGUAAUUAUCAUUAUUGUAUUCCUGUGUAAGGUGACAAAUUUAAUACAUUUACAAAUGCUAUUUAUGUUGAUCAGGGUUUUUUUCUAGAAUUGGUCAACAUCACAUUUAGGUAUGCUUAUGUCUAAGAUGAAGCCAAGUCUUGGUAAAGUGAUCUAGUAGUGUUAAAUUGUUCACUGGUUUCAUCAGUUUCAUAGAAACCUUAGUAUAAUUGUUCUUUAUCCCUUGUCAGUGGCAUACUAACAUAAUGGGUUUCCUUGUUUUUGACUUGCAGAUGUAAUAGGGUUCAUAUUGGCCCUAAUCAUUGUCUUUGAUACUGAUAUACAAAUGUUUACCCCAUACCCUUGUUUUUUACCUACAAAUAUAAUAAGGUCUAUUGUGUCUAAUCUUUGCCCUUGUAUACAAAUAUAAUAGUAUCCUGUACCCUUGGUUUUGACUGAUACAUACAAUAGGGUUCACUGUCCCUCAUCGUUUCCCAUGUUUUGAACAUACACACAUAAUAGGAUUCAUUGUCCUUUGCGUUUUGAUUUGUCGUUGACUUAAAAAUUAAAUAUAGUCUGUUGUUGGUCACUACCAUUGCCACACAGAUGUUGCAUGCUUUGUCCAUGAGACACGUGUAGUUCUUCUUACCAUACAACCGGCCUCGGUGGCAUCAUCAUUAGGCCAUCGGUCUACAGGCUGGUAGGUACUGGGUUCGGAUCCCAGUCGAGGCAUGGGAUUUUUAAU